AGUACCUGGGUAAAAUAAACGAAGAUGCUACCUGUAUUGAAAAGGUGCUGGAAAAGUGAAGCUGUUCGUUAAUCAUAGACGCCGUUAAGAGCAAUCUUAAGCAAAUAUUACGCGAUUAUCAAAACCUUGUACUGAAGCUAUCUUCCUUCUUCGAGUUGUAUGACAACUACAAAGAAUAUCGCCGCCAUUCACCGAUUUUAGUUUGACUUCGGCGUGGUCGCAAUCUAAACUACCACUACUGUCUCACGUUUGAUUGCAGAAGCGCACCAGCCGGCACGACUUGCCCUCUCGCAAGUCCGAUCUCUGCCAGGUUCUAAGACAAGGUAGUCAUCAAUUCAAAACCGACGUCGUGGCAUCGAAAGAUGUAUUAUCUUCAGAUAACGUUACUUUGGUUAUCAAUAGCCAAUGUAAUAUGCGACUUACCACCGGGUACAAGACGUAAUACUUAUUUACCGCCCGAAUCAACGAAAGGUUACUCAUAUGAGAAGCCACCGAUACCAUUUUCAAAAACUCCAACUUUUCCUCCCCGACCAACGCCAACAUUUUCGCCAACGAGAACGACUCCUCCUUUUAACACGAUACCAACGAGACCUAAUGUCCCUCCAACGCCAAGUAGACCAUAUCCUAUUCCCGUAACAAAGCCACCAGGAAAAUACCCUACGAGACCUCCAAAUGGAUAUCCACCACCAGGACCAAGACCAACUCCAAUAUUUCCGGAACCGGGCAAUAAUGGAAAUACAGUAGGUCCUGGACACGAUCAUCAUCACCAUGAGCCCGGUAUGCCCUUCGAUUUUAACUAUGCAGUAAAAGAGGACGCCUUCGGAAACGACUAUUCUCAUAAUGCCAUCAGCGACGGGGAUAUUGUACGUGGUGAAUAUCGCGUGCAACUUCCGGAUGGCAGAAUGCAAAUCGUACGGUAUACGGCUGAUUGGAAACAUGGUUUUAGCGCACAGGUCUCUUACGAUGGAGCCUCGCGUAAUUUCAAUAGAGGCUAUUAAAUUUUAGCGUUUUAUAGAGAUUUCUACGAUUAUUCCAUGUUAUCGUCGUUUCAAAAUAUUUUACAAAUAUCUGAAGCUGGCAUUGAGA